GAGAGAGAGAGAGAGAGAGAGAGAGAGAGAGAGAGAGAAGUGGGGGGGUAAGGGAAGGGCCAUCUUAGGGAAGCUUCCAUGGCGAACAGGUGGGUUUCUGAGGCUGAGGCUGGGGACAGUGGGAAGGGCGAACCUUGCAAGCACGUGGAUGAGAUUGAGCAUGGUUUAGGUGACAUAGAAGUGGGGGGRAAAGGUAAGGCCCAUCCAAGGGAAGCUUCCAUGGCGACGAGGAGGGGUUCUGAGGCUGAGGCUGGAGAUGGCGAGCCUUGCAAGCCCGUGGAGGAUAUGGACCGUGGGUUAGUUGACGCUAACGCCGACUGGUCCAAUAUGCCGAUUGACGUGCUUGCCUUCAUCUUCAACCUGCUCCCCGUUCGAGAUAAGUUCCGUGUGGGGACCGUGUGCUGGAAUUGGCGGCGAGCAUCUUCACAUCCUGCCUGCUGGAUGCUCGCCGACCUGGCUGAACUGCACGGGGAACUCUUUGAGGAACGACGGAAAGCGUUUGAGGAACUCUUUGAGGAACGACGGAAUCGACGGCGGCGGGCUUUGUACGACGAGGUGCCUGUUUCGUUUUCGAAUGACGAAACGCGCGAUGAGGAUCAGGAGCCGUCCGAGGCGGAUUUGGAAUUCUUAGCUGUCGAAGAGCGCGAGCUUGGAGUCGAUGUGCUCCUGGUUGGAGUCGAUAAGCUCUGUCUCUCCAUCUCAAAGGCUGUGAUUCUGCGUUCGUUAGGUCAGGUGAGACAUCUCUCCAUAGAUUACUGCCCCGACUCACUCCUGGAGUUUGUCGGGAAGAAUUGUCCGCUUCUCRAAUCGGUCCGUCUUCAAACUUUUGGAACUCUCAGUCCUUGCGACACGGGUCUCGAACUGUCUACCUGUGCRUUCAAAGUGUUUGUUGAGGGCUGUUCUCGGGUUCGAGCGCUUUCACUGGGCUUCAUGGAUUACUCGAUUUGUGCAAGGUUAUCCGAAUGCGUUAGGAUUCUCGCGUCAGGCUUUCCAAACUUAGUCUGUCUGCAGCUUAUCUUCCGCGAAGAACUGGGCUACGGCAUURAUUCCUUCGAAGUCCUUGGGGUGGAGAACAUAAGAGUGAUUGUGGAACACUUUCCGCAAUUAGAAGUCCUAUGGUUGGGAGGGGCUCACGUGAYGGAUGCUGGCCUUGAUGUCAUUGGAAAAGGAUGCAAGAGCUUGCGCUCUUUAAGCCUGCUGUACUGCCGCCCUCUGACGCGGCAGGCGGUGGAAGCUUUGCAGGCCUGUCGGAGGGAUCUCCAUAUGUCGAUCGUAGGCUGUUUUGACGAAAACCAGUUGCAGGAACCUCAGUUGUGGCGAUGGAAGAGUGGUGGGUGCGAGAAUCGUUAUCAUGAUGGGGACAGCCAACUGACGACCACGUGGCUAUGGAUUGGCGAGUCUCCAUCGGACAAGACCGAUGCGGAAGAGAAAGAACAAGAGGAAAUGAUAACGAUGAGGAUAAUGAUGUCUGUUAUGAUGAUGAUGAUGAUGAUGAUGAUUGUAAUGACGGUGUCGAUGAUUGAGAUGAUGAUGAUGAUGGUGUCAAUGAUCGAGAUGAUGAUGAUGGUGAUGAUGAUGGAGAUGGUGAUGACGGAGAUGAUGUGGUGACAAUGYUGGCGAUCCUUAUGGUGAUGACAACGAUCUGACGAGCACGUGGCUAUGGAUUGGCGAGU